AUUUUUGGCGCGUCACGCUUGGCUCAAACAGAAGCAACUAAACGUUGAGCAUUCCGCUCGUAAUGUUCAUUAGUGAUGUCUCAACAAGCACAACAAACGAUUCCUUCCGCCCCUGACUCCCCUGCGCUGGUUGUCACAUCUAACGUGCAGAAAUAUGCAAUAAAGAAGAAGAAAGUCCUUAGCGCCGAAGAAAUUGAGCUGUUCGAACUUACUCAGGCUGCAGGAAUCACUGUGGAUCAGGAGGUUUUUAAAAUCAUAGUGGACUUGCUGAAGAUGAAUGUGGCUCCUCAAGCAGUCUUCCAGACCUUGAAGGCAAUGUGUGCAGGACAGAGGGUAGCUGAAAGCUGUGGUGGAGACCCUUCAGCUGGCGCCCACACCACAAGCAUGACCACAGCGCACACAGAAGCCAGAGAAGAGGACUCUUUGGCCUCUGGAAAGAGCCCUAAACCUGCCGCAGCUCCCCCCACAGCAGCAGGCCCCAGAGCCACAAGGGUCAACACUAAGAUUGUGGUCUACGGCCCCCAAGACACUAGUUCUCCUCACUCUCAAGGAGUACGCAGUAAAGCUGGUACCAGCCACAGUGAGAAGAGCAGGGAGGCUUCCAGUCAGAGAGUGCAGCGGCAGCCCAGUGCCACUAGAGGGCAGAAAACCAAGAGCUCCGGCAGCAGUAGUUCUUCCUCACAGAUAAACUCGACCUAAAACUCUGGCAGUUGGAGGCCAUUUGUAAAUAUGUAGGUUUCUUUACAUUUAACAUAUGUGUACGUUUCUCUGUUUUACAUCUUAAAGGACUGGUUUACCUAGAUUACAAAUAAAUAUAGGUGUUCUGGUAUCAUUUUCCUCCUUUUAAAAGGUGAAUGGUUGGUGUAAAUAAUCAGUGUUAAUCUUUUUAUGUGGUUCAGACACUGACAAUUAACUGUAAGAUAUGUUAUGAGGGAGUGUCUGCUUAAUCAAGUGUCAUUGAUGUAAAAAAAUGUAAAAAAAAUAAAUAAAAAUUGCCUAAUCCA